GCAGAGUCACGUGAGAGCGUGUCACGUGAUUGUUGAAGUGCAAAUUUAUUUUAAAAAAAUAGAAAGCUUCGUUUCUUUGUACUCUGAAUGUUCGUGAAGCAGCUUAAAUAUCCGUCACGCGUCGAAUUAGACGGUUUUCCCAUUUGCGGCGAACCCAUCAGGUUGCAAGAGGAGAAUGCAGCAUAGACCUGUUCAUUAAUAACACCUGAACUGAAGCUGACUGCAAAGCCUCUGCUAUGACGUUAAAGAUGUUGCCGAUGGGGGUCGUGUUCCUGGCUCUGCUGGGCCUGAGCUGCACCAGGGUCUGUCCGGAUGGAGGCAUCUGCCGGCACCAGAACACCUGCUGCAAGAACGCCGUUGGAGGCUACGGGUGCUGUCCGCUACCAUAUGCGGAGUGUUGCUCAGACCACCUGCACUGCUGCUACGAGAGGACGGUGUGUGAUCUGGUCCACAGCCGAUGUGUGAAUAAGACCGUUUCCCUUCCCAUGAUGAGACGCGUCCCUCAGCUUCAAGAGACGCUGAGAGCCAUCAUCUGUCCAGACCAAGAGUCCGAGUGUCCGAACGAUGCCACCUGCUGCCAGCUUCUGGACGGCUCGUGGGGCUGCUGCCCAUUAACUAAGGCGGUGUGUUGUGAGGAUAAACUCCACUGCUGCCCCGAGGCGACAAAGUGCGACCUCGCUCAUUCAAAGUGUGUUUCCUCCUCGCUGGAGUCCUUCCCCAUGCUGGAGAAGCUGCCCGCAAAGAGGAGGGACAAUCACUCAGUCGGCUCGGUGUCGUGUCCCGGGGGCAAAAGCAGCUGCCCAGACAGUUAUACGUGUUGCCUUCUGGCCAGUGGAGAUUACGGCUGCUGUCCUUACUCACAGGCCAUGUGCUGCAGCGACCAUCUCCACUGUUGCCCCAGCAACACGAUAUGUGACCUGGCCCACGGGGUCUGCAAAGACGGGGAGGCGAUAUUUCCGCUGCUGAAGAAGAUCGCCGCUGUGCCCAAUGACGUUACGUGUCCAGACGAGACGUCGUCGUGUCCAGACGAGACGACGUGCUGCAAGAUGGUGGACGGCUCGUACGGCUGCUGUCCGAUGCCCGACGCCGUCUGUUGCUCAGAUCACAUCCACUGUUGUCCUGAAGGAACCCAGUGUGACGUCGCCCACAGCGCAUGUUUAUCCGCCCGUGGAGCGGCUGCCUUAACGGUCGUCGCCGUGGCAACGCCGACGGAAGUACAGAAAAAAGUCAGCGUCCUUCCCUGCAACGACUCUGUUGCGUGUGCUGAGGGGAGCACCUGCUGCGGGUUGGUGGAGGGAGGAUGGGCCUGUUGUCCACUACCCAAGGCCGUAUGCUGCGAGGACCACCAGCACUGCUGUCCACACGGCACUGUUUGUGACCUCGAGGCCUCCACCUGCGUCGACUCCUCUGCCGGCACGUCCACGCCGUGGUUCGACAAAUCGCCCGCCUUCUCUCUACCGACCGGCAACAGCCAGUGUGACAAGACCACCUCAUGUCCCGGGACGUCCACCUGCUGCAGGGCGGUGGGCGGCGGCUGGGCCUGCUGUCCUCUGCCUCAGGCCGUGUGCUGCGAGGACCACCUCCACUGCUGCCCUCACGACACCGUCUGCAACCUGCAGGCCGAGACCUGCGACGACCCCUCGGGUGUCCUGCCGUCCCUCCGCUGGGUGGAGAAAGCGAGCGCCACUCGGGCCGUUGCCAUGCCGACUCUUCCGGCCAGGAACAUGUGCGACGCCCAGACCAGCUGCCCCAGAGACACAACCUGCUGCUUCAUGGACCAGACACGCAAAUGGGGGUGUUGCCCUUUGCCGAAGGCUGUGUGCUGCCACGACGGAGACCACUGCUGCCCCAGCGGCCACACCUGUGAGCCCCACCGCUCCUCCUGCUCGAAGGGACCCCUUGUCCUUGUGCCCUGGUUCUCCAAGCUGAGCGCCCGCAGCGAGGCGGGGGGGAACGCCUCCGCGACGGACGUCAAGUGCGACAACAAGAGCAGCUGCGCCUCGGGGACGACGUGCUGCAAGCUGAAGACGGAGGGGUGGGGCUGCUGCCCGCUGGUGAAGGCCGUUUGCUGUGCCGACCGCGAGCACUGCUGUCCUCAGGGUUACACCUGCAACAUGCAGACGAGCACCUGCGAGAAGACCGCCGACGCCCUCCUCCCCCCCCUCCCUCAGGUCAGAGUGGUACGGCCCGAGCCCGUAGACCACGAGGACGUGGCGUGUGACGUCGGGGGGGAGUUCCGCUGCCCCGGACGGGCCACGUGCUGCAGGGUCUCUGCAUCGGAGUGGGGCUGCUGCCCCUCCCCGCAGGCCGUCUGCUGCCCUGACUCAAAGCACUGCUGCCCCGCCGGCUACUCAUGUGACCCGAAGGCCGGCGGUUGCUCCCGCCCCCAGCUGACCUGGGACGGAAAGAGUGACUUUGUCCCGCAUGGACUUUGAUCCCACCUAAAGGUGCACCAGUCCUUUUCAUCCAUAACACCCACUUUAGUCUGUGACAGCACUUCCUCUUUUUGUCCUUCAUAUGAGGGGGGGGCUGAUGAAACGUGGUGGCAAUGAAGACAUGAUAAUGAAGUAGAAGCACUUUGACCAGGUGACAUCGCUGUUUAUUCGUUAUUAUCAUGAUCUCAGUUUGCUGCAGAUGAUGAGUGACUAUGUGGGUGUUGCGUCAUGGCUUUCUUCAUUUUAACAAAUGUAGAGAUAAAAACAUCAAUGCGUUCCUUUGUCAUGUUGGUUUCAUGUAUUUUUUGUAACUGUUUCAAACCGCUGGAGGAGCAAGUUGGACAAUGAGCAAAGGAAUUACUUUUUAGUGUGUUUCAUUGGGUUUUAUGAACAGAUGAAUAAGUUGUUAAACUGGUCACCUUCAUGGUCUUAAUGGACACGAUGUUAAAUAAAGUUGUAUAAUUAUUA